AUGAGUGCCCAUGAGGAAUGCAAGGAGGAGAGGACUGUCUCUAAAAUCAGUGUCCCUGGAGAAUGUGAGAAUGAAAGCUCUGCUUCUAAAAUGGAUCUCACAAAAAAAGAGGACAUCGAUCAUCAGCCUGGAUCAGUUCUCCCAGUCCAGCAGAAGAGGUCAGUCUCACCUGUCCCCAGCUGUGCGUCCAUGAAGAGCAACUGGUCAAUGGAUCAGCCAAUAGAGUUUACAGAGGGAAAGAUUCCUGGUGACAGCAAAAUGCAGCAUGAGAGCUCUGACUCUCAGAGCUGUGUGUCCAUGAAGAGUAACUGGUCAAUGGAUCAGCCAAUAGAGUUUACAAAGGGAAAGAUUCCUGGUGACAGCAAAAUGCAGCAUGAGAGCUCUGACUCUCAGAGCUGUGUGUCCAUGAAGAGUAACUGGUCAAUGGAUCAGCCAAUAGAGUUUUCAAAGGGAAAGAUUCCUGGUGACAGUCCAAUGGAACAAGUGAUCCCAGACUCAUCUCAACCCAGCGGUGCAGACUUUCCAAAAGAGUUUGAAGAGAAAGAGAUUCCUCCUGAACACAGAUGUGAAUCUACAUUUCCUGAGGUGGAUGUCAUUAGGAAACACAAAUUGGACACGAAAAAGAAGUUUGAGUGUAUUUGUGAAGAUUUAGGAAAGCAGGGGAACCCUACACUUGUCAGUGAGAUCUAUACAGAGGUAUACUUUACACAGGGUGGAAGCAAAGGAGUUAGUAAUCAAUGUGGAACAUCCAGGAGCACAGCAACAGAGGAGAUGCCAAUCAAAUACAAUGACAUAUUUAAACCCUUACCUGGACAAGACAAAUGCAUCAGAACUGUGAUGACAACAGGAGUCGCUGGCAUUGGAAAAACAGUGUCUGUGCAGAAGUUCAUUCUAGACUGGGCUGAAGGGAAAGCCAAUCAGGAUAUCCACUUCAUUUGUCCACUUCCUUUCCGAGAGCUGAAUUUGAUGAAGAACCAAAAACACAGUUUGAUGAGUUUACUGCAAUGUUUUUUCAUGGAGAGCCAAGCAUUUGACUUUAAUGAGAAAAAAGCUGUUUUCAUCUUUGAUGGUCUUGAUGAGUGUCGACUAUCUCUGGAUUUCCAGAACAAUGAGGCAUUGAGUGAUGUAACAGAGUCAACCUCAGUGGAUGUACUGCUGACCAACCUCAUCAAGGGGAAUCUGCUUCCCUCUGCUCUCAUCUGGAUCACCUCCCGACCAGCAGCAGCCAGUCAAAUCCCUCCUCAAUAUAUUCACCAGAUCACUGAGAUACAAGGGUUCAAUGACCCUCAGAAGGAAGAGUAUUUCAGAAAGAGGAUCAAUGAUCAGAAUCUGGCCAGCAGAAUCAUCUCACACAUGAAGUCUUUGAGCAGCCUAUACAUCAUGUGCCACCUACCAGUGUUCUGUUGGAUUUCAGCCACUGUUCUGGAGAGAAUGUUGGAUGAAGCAGAAGGAAAAGAGAUCCCCAAGACCCUGACUGAAAUGUACACACAUUUUCUUUUAAUUCAGUCCAAAAUCAUUCGAGACAAAUUCAGUGAGAGCAAAGAGACAUAUCAGAAAAUGAUUUUCAAACUGGGUCACUUGGCUUUUCAGCAGCUGGAAAAAGGCAACCUGAUCUUUUAUGAGGAAGACCUGAAAGAGUGUGGCAUUGAUGUGAGAGAAGCAUCAGUGCACUCAGGAGUGUGCACUCAGAUCUCUAGAGAGGAAUUUUGUUUGCAUCAAGGGAAGGUGUUCUGCUUUGUGCAUCUGAGCAUCCAAGAGCAUCUUGCAGCUCUAUAUGUUUAUCUAAACUUCAUCAAUAAUGGCAAGAAUGUACUUAGUCAAACUGUAUUCUCUGGAGUCGAGGACAAUAUCAAAAGCACAACAGUUUAUGACCUACACAAGUGUGCUGUGGACCAGGCCUUGCAGAGUAAGAAUGGACACCUGGACCUUUUCCUUCGCUUCCUUCUGGGCCUCUCACUGGAUUCCAAUCAGACUCUCUUACGGGGUCUACUGACACAAACAGCUGACAGCUCUCAGAGUAGAAAGAGUACUGUUGAGUACAUCAAAACGAAGAUCCGGGAGAAUCCAUCUCCUGAGAAAGCUAUCAAUCUGUUCCACUGUCUGAAUGAGCUGAGAGAUCAGUCUCUUCCAGAGGAGAUUGACAAACAACUGGCCUCAGAGAGUGUCUUUGACUUAAAAUCCCUGAAUUCUCACUUAGUUUCUCUUAAAUUGCUAACUUAUGAAGAGGAACCGGAUGUGUUUGACCUGCAAAAUUACACAUUCAAAUUAGAGAUGAUACCAGAUGAAGUAAUCAUGAUCCUACUGCAAGUCAUACACACAUCGAGAAAAGCUGAUCUCCGGAAUGUCAACCUGACAGAGAAAAGCUACACACGUCUGGCCUUGGUUCUCAGCUCAAACUCCUCCAGUCUAAAAGAGCUGGACCUAAGUAAUAGCAAUCUACAGGAUUCAGGAAUGAAUCUGCUCUCUGUUGGACUGAACAGUCCUCACUGUAUAUUGGAGAUACUGAGGAUGAGAUCCUGUAACCUCACAGAACAAAGCUGUGCAGUUUUGGCUAUAGCACUCAGCUCUGACACCUCCAGUCUGAUAGAACUGGACCUGUCUUAUAAUGAUAUAUUGGAUUCAGGAGUUAAGCUACUUUUUACUGUACUGGAGAAUCCUCACUGUAAACUGAAGGCAUUGAGUCUCACUAAGUGUAGUCUGACUGAGAACUGCUGUGCAUCAAUAGACUUAGUUCUCAGCUCCUCCAAUCUACAAGAACUAGACCUGAGUCACAAUGAGGUGAAGGAUUCAGGAGUGAAGCUGCUGUCUGACCGAUUAAAGAAUCCUCACUGUAAACUGGAGAAAUUAAGACUAAGCAAUUCCAAACUGACAGAGGAGAGUUGUCCAGCUCUGGCCUCAACUCUCAGCUCAAACCCCUCCUGCCUGAGAGAGUUAAACCUGAGUGACAAUAACCUGCAGGAUUCAGGAGUGAUACUGCUCUGUGGUGGACUUCAGAAUCCUCAUUGUAAACUGGAGAUAUUGAGGUUGAGUGGUUGUAAUCUGACAAAGGAAAGUUGUGACAUUCUUGCCUCAGUUCUUAGAACUCAAAGGUCAAACUCCUCUGGCUUGAAAGAGUUGGACCUGAGUUACAAUAUAGUGCGGGAUUCUGGAGUGGAGCUGCUCUCAGUUGGACUAAAAAGUCUUCACUGUAAACUGGAGACAUUAAGGCUUAAGAGCUGUGGUGUCACUGUUGAAGGAUGUGCUUAUUUGGCUUCAGCUCUGAAAUCAAACCCCUCACACCUGAGAGAACUGGAUUUGAGUUUAAGCAGUCCAGGAGGCUCAGGCCUGAAUCCUUUAUUUUCUCUACAAGCAGAUCCACAUUACAGACUGGAGAAACUAAUGUGA